UUUGCUACUGUAGCAUAGGAAAACCAAUCAGUUAUUUCACCUUGUCUACAGCACAACCAACUUUGUACAACAAUUUUUCGGAUUCCAAAAGUUUAAUAAAAAAAAAUUUUGCAUUACUCAAUCAUGGUUUCGAAUUUGGUGUUGCUGGCCACCACCAUCCUAAGCGUUGGGCUUCAGGCCAGACUCUUCGUGAAUAUAGAUGCCUCGAUGCCGGUGCCGGUGCAAGUGCCGGAGACCUUCUACGCCAGCAUCAUGAUGUACUGUGGCUUCCUGCACUUCCUGCAGGAUAUGGUGCUGCUGCCGCAGGGCUACAAGCGUCGGAUGGUCUGGCCGAUGAGCUUCAUGAUCGAGCUGACGCUCAGCAUGGCCAUCAUGGAGGUGUUCGCUCUGCUCUUGUGGAGCCGAAUCAAGCUCAUCAUCACUCUGUCGGUGAAUUCGGCGCUUAGCUUCUACGGCAGCGUAUCCGGAGCAGAUUACCAACAGCACGAGGCGACCAUUGUGAUCUCUUUGAUCACAGGAUUAGCUGCGUUUUUCUGGACAAAUGCGGCUUGGGCCACGGAUCCCUGGGAGAAGUCCGAUGUGGAGCAGCCGCAGCCUAAAGGAAAGAGCCCCAAACUAGUGGAGAAGGAAAUGCAGCAGCAGGAGGAUCUACAACAGAUGCAGGAGGAAUUUGAGCAGUUGUCAAUGCCGUCAAAGUACCUCAUCCUUGCCGAUUCUGAGCUAAUGUCUUCGGAAACCUAGAAGUUACUCCAUCAGUUCCCCAGAGCCAUACAGAGGAUGGCUCUUGCAGACCAACAAAAAAAAAACUGCCCAGCAAUGUUUAUUGGAGGAACAUAAUACUCCUUGAAACCCACGAAAAUCAAUAGUCUUUCAACAGAAAAGAGCAAUACAAAACUUGGGAUGGAAAUACCAUCAUUCAAUUAUUUACUUCAAAUGAAAUUAUUACUAUAAGAUUAGUAAUUAAAAUAGUUCUUGAAUUGCAUA